AUGGAUCUAGACACGAAGACUCCACUUUACAAGACGAGCGACAAGACGUCGUUUGCGUACAUUUCUGCGCGAGACCGAUGGCCAGUCAUCAUUACGCAAGCCAUUGACGACGUGUACCGGUCAAUCACCCCAUGCAAUGACAGAGAGAAGGAGGACGAGGGCAAGAAGAUCGUCGAAGAGCUGGCGCGCUUGAAGUACGAACUGCAACAUGACCGUCAGCUCACCCCUCUGCGGGAUGACGGAAAGCCAGACAUAGCGCUCUACAACCAGGAGCUGGAAAAGCUGGGCGCCCCGACAUGGUUCAACGUUCCAUGGCUGUACAGCGAGUGUUAUCUCUACAGGCGCAUGAGCACCUCCUUCAAACUCUCGACCCACUGGAAGAACUACGAUGUCUUCGCACGGCAGAAGAUGAGCACCUUCCGGUCCUCCCGACCCGCUGUCCUAGAACUUGCCACGCGAUACAGGGAACUAGUCACUCAGAUGGAGAGUGACAAGAGUAAGACUGGACCGGAGCACGAGGAGGCACAGAAGAUCUUGUUCUACGAGAUGAUGGAGAUCUGUCUCUGGGGCAACGCGACUGACCUCUCACUGCUCACCAGCUUGACCUACGAGGAUAUUCAGAAGCUUCAAGGCUCCGAGGCGCGUAAGGCUAGUGAGGCCAAUAUCCUGGCCAACGACCUCAGCACCGCCUUUGAGGUCCUGAAGAAGGCCCGCGACGAGGGCAAGAAGGAGCGUCGCGUAGACAUCGUUCUUGACAACGCUGGCUUCGAGCUUUUCGUCGACUUGAUUCUGGCUGGGUACCUGCUUUCUGCCGGACUUGCUACCAACGUUGUGUUGCACCCAAAGGAUAUUCCCUGGUUCGUGUCAGACGUUCUCCCUGGAGACUUCGCUGCUCUGCUGAGUGCAUUGGCCAACCCGAAGCCAUUCUAUGAGACUCCGUCCGAUGACGAGCAACUGCUGAACAAGACCCCGUCACCUCUAUCUGAUAAGGAGGCAACCGAGCUGGCUUUCUUAUUCGAGGAAUGGGCCGGCUUCCACGCUGAAGGCCAACUGACAAUCCGGCCAAACGCAUUCUGGACGCACGGUGGUAGCUUUUGGAGACUGCCCGCCGAGAAGGACUUGGUAGCAGAUCUACAGACUAGCGAACUGGUCAUUUUCAAGGGUGACCUGAACUACAGGAAGUUGACUGGAGAUGCUGCAUGGGACCCUACGACACCUUUUAAGGAGGCAAUCGGUCCGCUUGGACCUGGAUCGGGUGUCAAUGUUCUGGCUCUCCGAACCUGCAAAGCCGAUGUUGUAGUCGGCUUGAAGCCUGGUGAGGAUGAGAAAAUUCGAGCCACCGAAGGCGGAGGAGGCGAUAGUGGAUCUAGGAAAUGGGCUUGGAGUGGGAAGUGGGCUGUUGUGUCGUUUUCAGGAGGCAAAUAA